AUGAUAUUUACAAAUACUUUAAAAAGAGUAGCAGUUGAUCAAAUCUUCUUUGCACCUUUUGGAUUAGUUUUUUUCUUUGGAUUUAUGGGCAUUUCCGAGGGUCAUGAUUACGAUGGAAUUAAACUAAAAUUUAACGAGGGAUAUUUUUCAGCCUUAAAAGCCAAUUAUACAAUUUGGCCAUUAGUUCAACUUGUAAAUUUUCGUUUUCUUCCUUUGCAAUAUCGAGUACCUUUUGUUGGUUCAGUUGGUGUUUUAUGGUCAACUUACCUUAAUAAUAGCUCAAAGAAACCAUACUAUAAGAAAGAUGAGGAUAAAAAAGAGUCGGAGAAUUUUACGAUUGAAGAUAUAUUGGCAAGUCAAAUGGACAAUGAAGAAAUAGAGUUGGAUAAUGAAGAAUUUGAACAAAGAACGACCACGGAUAUUGUUACAGAUAAUAGCUCAAAGAAACCAUACUAUAAGAAAGAUGAGGAUAAAAAAGAGUCGGAGAAUUUUACGAUUGAAGAUAUAUUGGCAAGUCAAAUGGACAAUGAAGAAAUAGAGUUGGAUAAUGAAGAAUUUGAACAAAGACUGGCUGAUGCAGACAUCAUCAAUAUAAGUGCUGCUAAUUCAUUGAUAAAUAAAAAACUUUUCAACAAACUAAAAGUAACUGCUCAAUCUCAGUCUAUACCUCGCAUUAACGUUGAUGAGCUUAAAAAAUGGAUUAAAAAAAACUACACACGCAAAGUCAAUACCACAUUAUCAAAUCUACAAUCAACAACAAUGAUUGAAGGCUUUGACACAGAACAAUUCGACUUUGUAAAGCGAAUAUUAGAAAUGAAACUUAUGCAGUUACAAGCUGGACAUGGAGAAAAACUUGACUUGUCAAUGGAUGAAAACACAUACACAGCUACAAUCGUGUCUCCUGAUUUUGAGACUUUGAAGUUAUGUUUUCCAGCUCUGUUUAUUAGCAGAUGGAAUGAAAAUGAAGUUCCUUUGUCUAAAUGGCGCCGCAAAUUGAUCUAUGGUGUUGGUUAUGCACGUAAGGCAGAUGGCAUCCUUUUUAAUUAUGGUAAUGUUGACCAAGAAUUCUUACUCUUUGAGAACGUUGGCCCACCAUCAAAGACAAAGGAACCCAAGUAUCGUGCAGAUCUUCUAAAGUGCUUUCGAAAUUCUGUGGAUGCAAUAUGUAAAACUUUUUGGAAUGGAAAUGGAGACGUGGAAUUAGCAAAGAAAUACUAUGUAUUAUCAUAUGUGUUACACGAUAAUAGCUCAAAGAAACCAUACUAUAAGAAAGAUGAGGAUAAAAAAGAGUCGGAGAAUUUUACGAUUGAAGAUAUAUUGGCAAGUCAAAUGGACAAUGAAGAAAUAGAGUUGGAUAAUGAAGAAUUUGAACAAAGACUGGCUGAUGCAGACAUCAUCAAUAUAAGUGCUGCUAAUUCAUUGAUAAAUAAAAAACUUUUCAACAAACUAAAAGUAACUGCUCAAUCUCAGUCUAUACCUCGCAUUAACGUUGAUGAGCUUAAAAAAUGGAUUAAAAAAAACUACACACGCAAAGUCAAUACCACAUUAUCAAAUCUACAAUCAACAACAAUGAUUGAAGGCUUUGACACAGAACAAUUCGACUUUGUAAAGCGAAUAUUAGAAAUGAAACUUAUGCAGUUACAAGCUGGACAUGGAGAAAAACUUGACUUGUCAAUGGAUGAAAACACAUACACAGCUACAAUCGUGUCUCCUGAUUUUGAGACUUUGAAGUUAUGUUUUCCAGCUCUGUUUAUUAGCAGAUGGAAUGAAAAUGAAGUUCCUUUGUCUAAAUGGCGCCGCAAAUUGAUCUAUGGUGUUGGUUAUGCACGUAAGGCAGAUGGCAUCCUUUUUAAUUAUGGUAAUGUUGACCAAGAAUUCUUACUCUUUGAGAACGUUGGCCCACCAUCAAAGACAAAGGAACCCAAGUAUCGUGCAGAUCUUCUAAAGUGCUUUCGAAAUUCUGUGGAUGCAAUAUGUAAAACUUUUUGGAAUGGAAAUGGAGACGUGGAAUUAGCAAAGAAAUACUAUGUAUUAUCAUAUGUGUUACACGAGAAUGAAGGUGAACUGUAUAGAUUGAACCUGGGUGCUCCUAAAGCAUUCGUUGCUGAAAAAAUACUAAAAAAUUACACUAACAUUUCUGCACGCAGGCUAUAUUUGAAUCCAAUCAGAAUGUCUUUCAUGAUUACACCAAGUCAUGUAUGGAAACGUCUAAAAAUUUUACACCGGUUAAGGAGUGGCUUUGUUUGA